CUCCGGGGAUGAGUGGGAAAAACACGCCUCGCUUUCAAGGCAAAUCACCUAUUUUGGAUGUAAAAAAUAUACGAUUUCUUUCCUAACCUGCUGUUAGAGAUGGGCAAUGCUCUUAUUUAAGGAUAACCAAUGUCUGUUGUAAUGGAUAUAGAUAUUCUUGUACUCCAAGGUAACGCUGUAAGUGCUUAAGUAAACAUUUCAUCGAAGCUAAUGUGUGUUUGUGGUGAUUGUCCAGCUUUUCUCUCUGCGCUAACCGAUUUCCAACAGACUCAAGAGACUACACGGCAAAGUAAGAACGCGCACCUAACUUACACCUCGGUAGUUUAGCCACCUCAACCUGGAUUGAAAAUAAGACGAUUCGCAUUCAAAGUGACCAUGUGAGCUUUCGGUCGGUGCCUAGAGCUUCGAAGUUUUGUGCAACUGUGUCGAAACCUUAAAAAGCGAGGUAGAUUUCGAGCGAUUUGUUCCUUAUGGGUAAAUUCUCAUUUGGGAGGUUAGACUAACCAGACUACCACAAGUAGUUUGGUGAAGGUGGGGUCUUUUUAAAAGAGGCAGUAGUGACUGAAUGCAUCCAAUAUCUCCCCGGAGAGAUAGAAAGGGGGUCGCUUUCCUUUCGUAGUUUCCAAGGUCCCGUGCACUACAGCAACCUUAAAAUGGAAAAAGACUAACAGUAUAAGGUGUAUGGGGAGUGGUGGUGUGUUUAAGAAAUGUGUAUGUGCGCUAGUCACUAAAACAGACCAAACGUAACGGUCUGCAUGUAGAACAGAGAUUAAAUUUCGUUAGUCUCUCCAUCAAUUUUCUGUUUAAUGUCACUGAGCUCUAUUGUGGGAGACAAGGACGCGUCAUCCAGCCAUAAAUUUGUGAUUAUAGAGGCUCGAGGAGGCAGUUGGCGCUAUUCGGACAGAUUUGCCUCGCGCACUAAACUACAUGUAGACUGCAUUACAGCUAGAACAGCACACACGCAGCCCAACUCCUCUUUUAUCUGGCAAUUAGAAGAGGGGCCGUACACUGUUUUUUUUUUUUCGACUUAGAGAUAAUUAUACAAACCAGAACAUACGGUAAAGCACUUCUUGUCUAAACAGUUAGGAUUUCGAACACAGAACAUGAUGUGAGGACAACCUCAGAAGGCUUUUCUUGAUCAGAGCUGAAUGUGUGGGAUUGACGAAUUUCUGCGUUUUGCACCACUUGGCGUAAAUCAAUAGGCAGCGGAUUUGUUGUCCGGAUUGACGUUUUUAUAGAAACUAUGAGCGGGCCGUGCUUUUCCGGCCGUCAGAGCAAAAGCCGCGCUGAAUGCGAGAGCUAGGCGCAGCUCCUAACGGGAUUAUAGCAGCAGUUCGGCCUUCUGCCUGCCCUCCUUUGGAUUUGGGAUUUAUCCGGCGCUGUUGUGGGAUGGAAGGCCGGGAUUUCGCUCCUCCGCCGCAUGUGCUGGCUGAGCGCAGCCCGCUGCUGCACCGCGCCGCCGCACACACCGCCCCGCAGCACCCGGGCCACUUCCAGCCUGGAAAAUACUAUCCCCCUCACCUUCCGGUUCCUCCACACUCAGGCACUGGAUUGAUGGGAAACUCCUCAGCCUCCUUCAUGGGUACUUUCCUGGCCAGCAGUCUGGGUUCACCCCCCUCACACGCCUCUGGACCCCCCUCGUCCCCCUCCUCCCCGCCGUAUCGCAACGGGCCGCACCCCAGCGCCCCCUCACAGCUCUGGUUCCCUCACCCACACGAAGCCCCAGGGUAUUCCCGCUUUACUGGGAGUCUGCCCCCCACCUUUCUACCCAUGAGCCCCCUAGAUCACCAUGGAAACAGCAGUGUUCUCUAUGGACAGCAUCGCUUCUACGACACUUCGAAAGAUUUCUAUAUUCGAAGCCUGUCGUCACAGCCCCACCUCCUCUCUGCCAAUCACAGUCUGCCACCACUGACUCGGACGGCCCCCAGCCACCCCCUAGGCUCCUGUAGCCGGGAACGUGACUCUGGAUCAGGAGGGGCUCCCCAGAAAGGCUCAAAAGAGCCAGAUGUAGCAGAUCGAGGCAUGUCGUCUGGAGGAAAAGAGAAGGAACGAAGUAAGCAGGAGUCAAAGGAGCGUCAGCACCACAGCCCACCUUCACCAACUCCCCUACAACAUCACCACCAGCACCUCCACUCUCACCAUCAUCCUCCACAACUUCACACCAUAGGGUCAGAGGAAGACCCUCGACACAAAGAUGACCCCAAGCACCUCAGUGCCUGCCUCUUGACCACCAAGACCCAUAAUGGCUCUGAGCCAGGGACAGCAGCCAGAGGCUCCCUGCCCAGUUGUGUGGGUCCAGGAGCCUCAAUCAUAGGGACUGCUCGGCAGCGGAGUGGCAGUAAUCUCUGUUGUAAAGAAGGAGUCAGUGGUGAGAUGCGAAUAAGUGAGCCUUCACCUGACUGCCUGCGCCACAGUACAAUGCUUGGUCAUACUCAUCCAAUGUCAUACUCCAUGCCCCCUCCUAUUGGCUUUGGCUCAGCAGUUGGAGGAUCAUGGCUGCACCCUUCCCACCCCCACCAUCACCAUCCACAUCACCCUCAUCCAGACCUAUAUUGCCCCCCUCCCCCUGCCCCACUCACCAUGUCCUCUUCUCAGGACAAGGUCCUUGCUCCAGGGGGAGGCAGGGAUCCAAAAGUAACAGGGCCCACUUUUGUACCCUCUGUGGGACCCCUAGGGGACAAGACCAGUGGGCCCUUUCAACUGGGUAACCCCUACUGUCGAGGUACAAGAGGAGGGAUGGUUGGAGAGGUGGGAGGUGAAGGAGCAAGCAAGGCUAAAGCUCCAGAAAAAACAAGUAAUGCAGGUAGAAUAGCACCUCCUCCUGCACCUCCUCUCCCACCAUCUAAUACCUGCCAAAGAAAACCUACGCAUCAUCAGCAGCAGCAUAUAUAUGGAAAAGUGGACAAGGGUCCAGACUGGUCUGUAGGCCCCCAACCUCCACAAAUACCCCAGCAGGCACAGCACAGUCAUAAUCAACAGUCACAUUCAGUUCUACCAAACCGUUCCUGCAGCCUUGAGGCCACAGAGAAUUCCCCUGAGACUGAUGCUUAUCGGCCCUCUCUGCCCCAGGGGGCCAAGGACGGCUGCCAGGAUAAAAGCAACCCUUAUGCCAGCACCCCGCCUUUCCGGGACUGUUCUCACUCAGGUCCUCCUCACAGGGUUCCAUCUGAAAGCAAGGCCAGUAGUGAACGUGGGUGUUCGCUCCAGCGGGACAGCCAGAGGGUUGCUAGGAUACACCAUCAGCAGCAUAACAACAGGCACGGUACCGAUGUUCCUGUACAGGAUCCAGAACUGGGUCCAAGUAGCAGUUCCCACGACAAGAGGAAGCCAGAGGUAGAGAUGGCAGCGCAAGGGUACAGUGGACACCAGGCAAGGCCUUUGUCAUCAUGGGAAGUUCGAGGACACCAGUCUCAUACAGACAGUGAGCGCCGCAAGUCUUACGACUCCAGUGCCCAGGGAACAUCAGGAGACCAUGGGUCUCACCCUCCCUUUCCAACCUACCAAGAGCCCUCGCUAGGCCCCCAGGAGCCAGAGAACAGUGCCAUGAAGAACCUGAUGAAGUACAGCAGCCAACAGCCACUCCUGCUGUCCCAGAAGAGCCCGUUUGGUGGCCUGGGCAGCCUGAAGCAGGGGAUGGCAAAUGGAGACAUGAGAAACGAGAAGAGUGGAGGGAGUGCAAGCUGUGCCCAACAGGAGGGCAAGCAAACGCUGCCUUCAAGGAGAGCCUCCUCAUCCUCUGGGGAGAGUGAGCGCUUGGAGCGGCUGGGUCGGGAUUCUGGCGAAGUGCAGCGAGAGGGGGAAGUGCGGCAGCCCCCCGUGGGCAUCGCUAUGGCAGUCGCCAGGCAGAGAGAGCCACUGUGCCGCCCACCAGACGGACAUGCCACCCACAGCCGCCACGGCAGAGUGCUGCCCAGCAUGAAGGAUGUUGGACGCUCCAUGUAUCCACUGGAUCAGGAGGACGAAAGGAAGAGGAUGCGUGAAGAGCAGCUGGCUCUGCCUCCACUGGACAGAGAACGAGAACUCCUUCUCAGGGAAAACAAGGAAAGAGUUGAGUUUGCUAGGAUCCACCCUUCCAGCAGCUGCCAUGGAGAUCUGACCUCUCACCUCAUCGUGCCAGGCAGUAGCCAAUUAGGAGCUGAUCCUUCUGCACACGCACACCCAGCUCAUCAUCACUGGAUGCCUCGGACAGGAAGUCCCUCCCUUUGGAUGGGCCACUCUUACGGUCUUAGUCAUGCCGCCUUGCACCAGAAUCUGCCACCGGGUUUCUCUGCUGCCAUGCCCAGCACCCUUCAGCCUGUUCUGCCUCUGCCCCAGGACCCCUCUGCUGCCCUAGUUGUCCUGCCCACUGAACCAGCUGCCCAUCCUGCUACUCACCAUCUAGAAGUGAUGGAGCAGCAGGGAUUGUGGCCCCCUGUGUAUGGGCCUCGCAGGCCCACUUCACACAUGCAGCAUCCCUCUGUCUACUCCCGCCAGUUUCUACGGCAACCGGACCUCUACGUGCUCCAUCAGCAUCAGCACCAACAACAUCACAGAGCAGCUCAGGCAAUGGAGCUGGCGCACAGGCACACACAUUCUCAGAUAAAACCUGAGGACCCUCCCAUCGAUUUGGACGAAGGUUCCCCUGAGCCUCGGACAACAAAACCAGCAAAGCCCUUUCCAUUCCCCUCCUCCAGCAAACAUCCACGCUCCUCCUCCUCUCCAGGGGGCUGUGCCUCCCGCCUCUCGCCCUGCUGCCAUUCUCCUGCCCCGCGGCCCCAUCCCAAGAGCACCCCAUGUACCCCCUGCCCCGAGCCUAGUCCUGCUGUAGCAGCCCCUCGCUCCCCCGCCCUCAGCCCCCACUCCACCCCACAUCACCUCCCCAAAGCAGCAGAAUCCCAGGACAAGAGAGGAGAGGGCCAGCCACCGCAGGACUACCCUCAGUCUCUGGAGCCCGAUCUCCCACCAGGCUAUACCUACCCUGCUAUUGGUUACAAAGCUGGUCCCUCACCUCAAGAGGUUCAAUUGGCCGAACAUGCUGACCUGGAGGCGGAGCAAGCAGAGCCUGCUGAACCUGCACCUCAGUCCCUCCCAUGUUCCACCACGAGGGAAGUGGAAGUGGAAUCUCCGACUAUGGCUUCCCAGGUGGAGGCCCAAAGCGAGAAGGUCCAGAGGGAAAGUAUGGUAACUGAAGUAGAGGAAGAGGUGGAUGAGAGACAUUCAGUGGUUACAUGUAGCCCUGCCUCUCCUUGUCCAGCUUCAUGUCCAGCUACAUCUGGCUCCCCCUGUCCAGUUCCUGGUAACCUCUCUUUGGAGGAACCACAAGCAGACACUUCUAGCAUACUCUGCCAUAACCAUGACAGUGUUUUGGAGGCCCAAGCUCCAGUUGAGGAUAUUAAAAUGCAGGAGGAAGCGACUGUACCACCUCCUGAGGAUUCUACCACCACUUCCCAGGAGCUUCAGACUAUGGAGCCCACUGGGGUUGAUCAGGAUAUGCCUGCAGCUGAUGAAAGGUGUUCUUCUCCUAGUGAUUCAGUAGAGCUGCAGGAGGUUACCCAGUAUUCAGCACCCUGCACUCCCUGCCCAGAGCCUUCCUCUCUGGGUAACCAGUAUCCUGGCUCUUGCAUCUGGAGCCUGGAGCUUUUGAUCGCUGCAGCUCUCUGUGCUACACGAGAUGCUCAAAUGGCUUCCUCGGUGAUGGUUCCUGCCCCAGUCGUGCCCCUUCAUCAGGGGAUGGAGCUUCUGAGCGAACUCGCUGACCUGGACAGGCGACAGCAAGAGAGGGGCACCAGCCAGGAGAGUGGAGGAGAAGAGAGAUUGACCUUUGACCUGGAGAGUUUGGCGACCCUGGCAGCUGCACGUGCUCUGGAACUGACUCCGCCCACAACAGGCAUAAUCCCACCCCUACGUCGAACGCUUAACCUGCGCAAAAAGUGCAAAUGGAUGCCACGACACGAGCCGGUAUGUCCAGUGAAGAGCAUCAUGGAGACGCUGGACAGAGAGGAGUUAGCGAUGAGAGUGCGCCUGGCCGAACUUCAGCGGCGCUAUAAGGAGAAACAGAAAGAGCUGGCCAAGCUACAGAGAAAACAUGACCACCAAAGAGAGGAUACCUCAAGAAGCCCAGCCCGCAGAGGCCCGGGUAGGCCACGAAAACGCAAGCCCACCCCUGGACCCCCUGCCCCAACAGAUACCCUCAAAAGGGUCAAGUCGACGGGAACGGGGCCGGGCCUGCUGGCAGCGGACGAGGAGCUGGCUGGAGGCGGGGACAAACACAGGAAGAGGAAGAAGAUGGCCAACAGCACCUACCAUCACAUCAGCGGCACACAGUUGAAGGCUCCCUGUAGGCAGAGAGGCAGGCCAAGACUGCUGAGCUCCAAGAUGGUCCAGCUUAAGCAGAAGGCCAAAGCCAAGCGUGGUUCCAGAGGGGAGAGCAUGCUUUGUCACAGAGAGAAGGCUGCUUCCGGCUCUUCUGCUGAGAACACCAAUAGCAACAAGGCUGGAGGCCACAGUGACACAGGGAGUGCCGAGACAGGAGUGAGUCAGAGUUCAGACGGUCAGCAUGUAAUGAUGCGAAGAGGGCGGAAGGCAAAGGUCAGUCUGGGCCCGGCCUCAUCUCACCUGGAACCUCGAACACCACAGAUGCUGCCCAAUGCAGCUUCGUCCAGCAGCAGGCAGGAGACGACAGCGAAGGACAUCUCUCCCUUGGACAGCGAAGUGUCCGAGCCAGAGGAGGAAGAUGAUGGCGUGUAUGACAGCGAAGAAGUGCCAGAGGACAUCAAGAAUCUAUCUUCUAAAGAGCAGCUGUCUGAAGCUGGUGGUCCCUCCUCCUCCCCCACAGUUGAGCUGGAAGCUGGUCAGAAAGUCAAGAGCAAGAAGGAAAGACAAGGGCUUGGACUUGUGCAUAUGUCACUUUCCAAGGGGGAAGGGAAGGAGAGGAAGAAAGCUCCCUGUAGACCAGCACAGGUUGGUGCAGACCAGAAUCAUUUGCCGAUGGAGAAGAGAUCGAGUGGGCUCAGAUGGAGGGACGGUUCACAAGGAAACAGCGUUUAUCCUAACAAUGUCCUCAAAAACAUCCCAAAUCAACUGGAGAGGACAACUAGAAAGGGCACAGUAGUCCUUGGAAAGAGGAGAAGCUGUUGGCUCGAACCCGUUUCAUCUCAAAGUGAUGACAUCAUCUGGAGCCGAAAGAUCAAGAACCAACAGGCCAAAGGACGAGCCAUGAACCAGCUGUUGGAGAGAUUUACGGCAGAUGAAGGGUUCCGCAUGGAUGAUGACAGCAGCUUCUCGGAAGGAGAGGAGGAGGAGGAAGAAGAAGAAGCCGAGGACAAGCCUCAACAAAGAAAUACAGUGUCAGCUCUGCCUAACUGUGUCCUGACGAAAGAGGCUCUGCGGGAUGGGCUGAAAGUGCUGAUCUCUAAGGAGGAUGAGCUGCUGUAUGCUGCCUACGUGCACACGCUGGAUCUGCCCGACAUCUACAGCAUUGUCAUCGAAGGCGAGAGAGGAAACAGGCCACGGAUCUACUCACUGGAACAGCUGCUUCAGGAAGCGGUUUUGGAUGUGCGGCUGGAGACAGUAGAGCUUCUUACUGAUGGAACAAGAGUGUGUGCAUACUGGAGUGAACGUUCCAGGUGUCUGUAUCCAGGCUAUGUGCGGAGAGGUGGUCCUGGAGAGGAGCAGAAGGAAGGCUGUGUCAUGGUGGAGUUUGACGAUGGCGAUCGAGGUUGGAUUUCUCUGCCAAAUAUCCGUCUUCUUCCCCCUGGGUACCAGAUCUACUGUGCAGAGCCAUCUCCAGCCCUCCUGACCUCUCCAACUCGCAGAAGACGAAAGAGCUCCACUCAGGAGAAGAGCUCUCAGCAGAGUGAUGCUUCCUCAGAGUGGCACGGCAACACAGAGUCAGGAAAGAUCAUCUGCAAAGCAAAGCCAGGAAGACCCAAAUCUGUCAGUUUGUCAGAAAAGAAAUGUCCAAAUGAGAAUGUAACUGGAAGUGCCUCUGCUAUUCUUACCUGGCCAGCAGUCGCCAUGUCCAAAAAGAGACCUUCUUUGGAUUUGUUCCAGUUCAAUGGGCUGUCCCGGAAAACUCUGAAAGGGAAGGACACAGACAUGUUUGGCCCCUUACUUGGCUCCACCAUGGCCACUCCAGCUAAAGGUAUCUUUAGCACGUCCUUUGAGGUGGAUUCCUUUAGCAGCAUUGCUAAUGGUUAUACAUCCUUUGGUAAUCAGCAACUAUCGUCCGGGUUAUCACUUGGUCACAAAAGCAUCUCAAAUGUUCGAGGAAAAAGGACAGGAGACAGACGGGAGUACCUGGUUAAACUGGACCACGAAGGAGUUACCUCUCCAAAAACAAAGAAUGGAAAAGCACUUAUGCUUCUAGGCAAUACAGAAUUUGAAUCUCGAUCAGGCCGAAUAGAGAAAGGAUCUGGGACCAAAGGCAUGGGAGAACUGGCCUCUCAUAUGGACUACUCCCAACCAAUGCUACCUGUGAAGGACACCAAGAGGAGUGGCAGCCACCUUCUCAAGGGUUCCUCUGGCAUGCGGAAGCAAUCUCAGGGUUUAGGUCUUGGCGAGUAUGCAGAUUAUGGGUUGAACUGCCACAGUGACUGCCUGAGCUCCUACUCAGACAUAGACGAAGAUGAAGAAGAUGACGACGCUAGAAGAGCGGCAAUGCGCAACACCGGGCGCUUUCUCUCCCGUCUUUCUGUCUCUUCUUCAUCCUCAGGAUCCUCCAGCUCAUCAAGUUCAGGCUCACUGUCCAGUUCUAGUGUCUGCUCCUCUGACAACGACUCCUCCUACAGCUCAGAUGAAGAGGAGGCUUCUCGACUUCUCUUGCAGGGAUGCCUGUCCUCCCGUCAUACAGUCCUCCAACAGCAGCAGCAUCCAGACCCACCAUCUGCACCUCCACGCCAUGCUUUCAGUGCCAAAUCUAUGGCUGUCACCAGCCAAAAGGCCAUGGUCAACAAUGGUUCAAGCAAACAUCAAAAGAAAAAGGACAUCCCCAACAACUCGCUGUCUACAGCACAAUCCAAAUCCUCAAAGGACUUUCCCAAAAAGCAGAAGAUGUCUUCUUCUGAGAGGUCACCAAAUUCCUCUUCAUUCUUGCCAGCACGUCAAUUGUGGAAGUGGUCCGGAAACCCCACUCAGAGACGGGGUCUAAAGGGAAAGGCCCGGAAACUCUUCUAUAAGGCUAUUGUGCGGGGUAAAGACACUAUCCGAGUGGGUGACUGUGCCGUGUUUCUCUCUUCUGGCCGACCUCACCUCCCUUAUAUUGGCCGCAUUGAGAGCCUGUGGGAAUCCUGGGCAAGCAAUAUGGUAGUAAAAGUGAAGUGGUUUUAUCAUCCUGAAGAGACUAAACUGGGAAAAAGACACCGGGAUGGCAAGCAUGCCCUGUACCAGUCCUGCCAUGAGGAUGAAAAUGACGUCCAGACCAUCUCCCAUAAGUGCCAGGUGGUUAGUCGUGCUGAAUAUGAGCACCUCAGCCACAUGAGGAAGCCAAGCAGCAGCAGCAGCAGCAGCCAGGACCUGUACUACCUGGCUGGAACAUAUGACCCCACUAGCGGUCAGCUGGUCACAGCCGAAGGAGCAUCAAUCAUCUGCUAGCAUUCUGUCGUCAUGUGGAUGUACUACUGAGAAAUCAUGCCUCCUUGAAGGAGGAUCCUGGAUAAAAGGGCUGACAAUCGAAUUGGCUGUGCUCAGAAGAGUCUCAGAUCAAGCCCCGGAACUCUACAGACACUAUACAGUACUAGUACUCCAUGGAAUGGGAGCUAGAGCUGCAGUCACUGUCACUGUGGCAGCACCCCACAGUCAGAACACAUAUAUUCAGAAAUUCAGAUAUUCAGAAGGGGAGAAAACUGUGGGUGACUCCCUCACAGACCCCACACAAGCAGCAGCCAAGAAAUGGUAUUUAAGUUCUCAGUGAAAACGAGGCACUGGACGUUUUUAUUAUAAGUGGGAUUAUUUAUACUGAACGUUUUGAAGCAGACGGGAAACACAGAUUCGCUCUUCUGGAAACCCUGAACAGAGCUGCGUUCACUUUACACUGGUCAUCGUAAUCAUCUUAGCUUCACAAGGACUUUUUUGUAUCUCAACUGGACCAAAACUGUGGCAUUGUGUGUGUGUGUGUGAGAGUGAGUGUCAGUGAGUGAGUGUGAGGGUGUACAGAAUUUUGCCACAAAAGAGAUGGAACUGGGUGUCACCCUGGAGACUCAAAGCCCUUCAUGGCACUUCAAGUCUUCAAGAUUGGGCUGUCCACCGCAAAACAGCGGCAAUCUAAUGACGUCUUCUGGGCAUCCAGGGAACUGAUUUUUUAAAAAAAUGUCCAGACACCGAAUUUUUUAAAUAAAUUAAGUUAAUUGUUUUCUUUUCUUAAAAUGAAAAAAAGAAAAUGAUUUUUUUUCAAUCAAGCCAUACACUUCAGUACCUCUUGCUUACUGUAUCUUCUUAUUCAGGUGUAUAGUUGUAAAAUUGUUUUAUUUGAUGUAUGUAAAUAUUUAAAUAUAUAAAUAUAUAUAUAAAUAUAUAAAUAUAAAAAGGUAUAAACUGUAAAUAUAAUAUAAAUGAAGAGAGAACUCUAUUCCUCUUUAUUGUUCUUGAUUGUGUUAUUUUUUUUAAUGAAAGAACCGAUAUGUUUUGUUGAUUGUUUUGCUUUGAGAGGUUGAGAGGAUCCCUGCACUGUACUGUGACCUGUUCUCUGUGAACUGGGUCAUAAGGAGUUGUUAUACUGCAAAGUUUGGGGCCGAACAGUCCGCAUAGCUUUUGGGAAUCUAAUGAGGAACAGGCUGUUUCCACUUGCUUAUAUCUUUUUUUGUUCUCCACACUUCUAUUGCUUUUUUCAUCGAGCCUCGUCUCAGAUUUCAUUUGCGUCUUAUGUCGUCCUCAGUGUGGAUUAUGAGUAGAACAAAGGUAUGAAAAGCUCUUAUGGUAGUCAAUACAUGUAAGAAAGUCAAUAGGUCACUGUAUAGCCAGGUCCAUACAGUACGUGUGCUAACAGAUCAAAAUCUGGCUUCCCAAAUACAAACCAAAGCACCUCGUUUAGGGUUUUGUUACAGAUUGCAAUAACUGAAAUGAAUGAAGUGACUGUAAAUAGAUUAUAAGGCAUGGGAGCCCUGCAAUUAUGUUGGAUGAUAUAAAUUAAGAUCAUUGACAAUGUUCUAACUCAUUGUGGUGCAGUUACCUUUUCAUUUUGCUUUAAAAAGGCUGAAACAGGUUGAGGUUUUAGCGAUGUUUCUGCAGUGUGUUUUGUGGUGUUGCUGCCCGCGGUGGGGGUGGUGUUGGUAACAGCGGUGCCGUGGUGAGGAUGGAUGAUGCAGCACAUUAACAGGCACUUCAGGCACUUAAAGGCUUCUGAAGUCAUGUGAUCAUGAAGGACAAUCAGAACCUGCGUGAGAGGGUGGUUUAAAACGGAUCAAAUCUUAAUGUUGCCUCUCGUCACUUUUUUAUUCAUGCUUUGCCAAAAAUUAGUUUUUUUAUUUUUAUCCUCCUGUCUAUCUGUCUGUCUGUCAUACAUUUGUUUUUGCUCUGUUUUAUUUGAUAUGCAAGCCUGUAAAGACUGUUCAGUGUAGAUUUGUGGAGAAGGACAGAAAUGCCUUUCAGUUCUUAAGAAUGACUAACUUUUUAAACGACUUUGUCGCUGUUACACUGCAGAAGCAAAAGCUUUAAACAAAAUCAGAUGUGAAAAUCAUGUGAAGUCACUUUUUUGGGUCUAUAAAAGAAGAGAUGUUAUUUUCAUAAACACUGGAUUCAAUGCUGAAUAUUGUGACACUGGCAUCAGCAAUAUGCCAGGAUGUUGCUCAAGCCUCAGAAAAAAAGUGGAUUCAUUGUACAUGCUGACUAUGAGACCCACUGGGAAUUCAUUUUUUGGGGCAGGGUUAAUGUACUUUUUGACAUUGUGGGGAAUACAACUAAGAUAUUUGCAUUGUUUAGACAAGUUAUUUAUGUUAAUUUUAUUGCAUUUGUGUUGCAUUUCAUUAAAAAAUGAUUCUAAAAAUCA